AUGUUGCGCAACUUAACGUCGCAAUCUAGAUGGUGUUACUCCAAAAGAUUUGUGAGAAAACCAAAGUAUUCAGCCCCACCAGAGUGGCUGGAGUCGGCUACAACUUUCAAAGAUGCUCAUACUGUCCUUACAGAUCCACAUUCACCCUUGCCGUACCCAACAGAAGUAAGUUAUACUUUUUAUUUAUGGCUGUUUGUUUCAAGCAACUUCGAUCUUAUCUCCAUAAAACGGAGGUUGAAGAGAAAUUGAGGAAGAAGCAGAAGGUUCUUCGACCCAAGCGACACGUUCUAAAUUUCGAUCACAUCCCCAUCCAAGAACAAUGCGUGGCCUUGUUCCCGGGCCAAGGAGCCCAAUUCGUUGGAAUGGGAAAGGAAUUGAUGAAGAUUAAGCAAUGUCAAGAAAUAUAUGAACAAGCCAACCAGAUCCUCGGCUAUGAUCUGGCCAAGAUUUGUCUGGAGGGGCCGAAGACCAAGUUGGAUCAAACUAUUUACUGUCAGCCCGCCAUCUUCGUUUCCUCAAUGGCGGCGUUACAAAAACUAAGAUUGGAUGCGCCUGAAUUAGAUGAACGGUUCACGGAAUCCGCUGGGUUCAGCGUGGGAGAGUUCGCGGCUUUGGUUUUGGCCGGAAUCCUUAAAUUCGAAGAUGGCAAGUGAAUCAUCACGAUUCAGAUAUUGUUUUAGCACUAAAAAUCAUUGACGUCAGAGCAAGAGCAAUGCACGAAUGCAAUCAGAAGGUUUACUCUGGAAUGGUUACUGUAAAGGUGAACGCAUCCUCGGAAUUAGAAAAGGCAAUCAAAGAAGCGAGGGAGCAAGCUUUGUAGGUUUUUAUCUGACCAAUUAAACUUGUUAUUUCAGAGAAGAAGGGGAACUCCCAAUCUGUGAAGUAGCCAAUUACCUUUAUAGUGGAGUUAAAGUUGUUGGUGCUUCCAAACUUUGCAUAGAAUUCUUAAAACAAAACGCAGAACGAUUCAAUUAUCAGGUAACCGUUUUUGCAAACAUUUUAUUAUAUUUGUCUUUCAGGUUGUCAAAGACUUGGAAGUGUCUGGAGCCUUCCACACAGUCCUGAUGAGCCCGGCUGAGCAAGCCUUGAAGGAUGUUCUUAAAGACAUUGAACUAUGCCCGGCAAGGAUGAAUGUGUACUCAAAUUAUACCGGAAAGGUAUACCCUCACAAGCCUUCUAAAAUACGAGAAAAUAUCAUUAAACAGGUCAGCUCGACGGUAAAGUGGGAGCAGAUAAUGCAGCUCCUCUACAGGAAGCAUAAGGUAUGCCGUUUUUACUGUAGAAUGUCUACACAUAUUUUACUGGUUUUGGCUUUACUUCGGUACGCCGUCCCAGCGGAUUUCAGGUUAUGAUUUUUUGGUUCUUAGCGUAUUAAAGCUUGCAGAGCCCCAGUUUAGGCGUAGGCUGUUUAAGCUUGGGCCUUGUCGCAAUCCUUAAUUCGCGCUUAGGAAGAUCUUUUGCGACCUUUGCAACAAGCCAAAACAGUGGGACGGCGUGCGGAUGGAAGAAUCAUCUGGUUUUUUUUAUUUAGGACUACGAGUUUCCGGAAUUCUUCGAGAUCGGACCCGGGAAACAAUUGGGCGUUAUAUUGUAUUACAUCAGCAAGAAGGCGCACAAACAUUACAAUCAAGUUAGUUGUUGA